AUGGUCACUCCGAAAAUGUCUUGCCCGUCAGGGGCUUCCUUUUACGCCUGUGGAGCGGGCUCAAAAUUCGUCGGCUGUUGUGCUUCCAAUCCUUGCGGCACGACCGGCUGCGCUGCUGGAUCAUUGCGGUCGACGAGCUUCGAUAGUGGACAAUACAAUGAGCUUCCUGAUCAAGAAUGCUCAAAAGGUCGAUUCUACAAGUGCAGCGCCAUAGAUCCACCAUUCUGGGGCUGUUGUUCGAGCAAUCCGUGUGGUACUGGCUGUCCGCAAAGCGAUCUGGCCGGCGCAUUCCUUUCGGCAAACGAGGCCACAGCACAACCCUACCUGAGCUUGAACACGACGUGGUCGGACAGUUCGCCCGGCAAGACACCCAAGGAUGAUUCUGACUCCAAAUCAGGCGGACCAAAAGACAAGCAUGAAACCAACAUCGGUGCCAUCGCGGGAGGUAUCGUUGGCGGUAUCGUCCUCAUCGCGAUCGUGGCGGCGAUCAUCCUGUUGCUCCGUCGGCGGAAGAGAAGGGCGGCUGCCAAAUACAAGGCUGGAAUUCAUCGACCACAGCCGGAACUGCAGGCCAUGUACCCUGACAUGGACGAGAGUAUGGCGAAACACGGAACUCAUAGUUACGAGACAUCUCCGGCCUUGUCGUCCAACCCAAGAUCACCUGGUCAACCACCCUACUCUCCUCAACCGCCGAGCUACUGGACCGAAGCACAAGCGCGGCAUGUAUCGCACGAGUUACGAGGGGAGAGCGCGGUCGAGAUGGAGGACAAUAGCGUACCGGCGCCGGUGUCUGCGAAUGCAACGCCAUAA